CACAAACCACGAAACCAGCGCAUGCAUGUAAGGAUAUGACGGCCGAGGCGAUCGAGGUGACCACCGACGGCGAGCUAACGGUAGACGAUGAGGGUGAUGAAGAGAUGGAAUUCGACGCAAAGAAUCCCGACGCGAGGGAGUCGUGCGGCCACUUCUUCCUGCUCUGGGCGUCCACGAUCACAACUGCGGUCGCCAAUUUCGGCGUCCAGUACAACUACGACUCUAUCGGUCCAGCGGAGGUGUGGCUUCACCCGCUCUACGGGAAGGACAGCAACUACGACCUCCUCCUGAAGGUGAUCAUCUUCAUUGGCACCGCCAUCGGCAUGAUUAGCUUUGGCGCCGCCGGCGACCUCUUUGGCCGCAACCGAGGCCUGCUCGUCUGCCAGUACAUCCAGAUUGCCGGCGCACUGCUGCAGGGCAUUGUCCCGUGGGGCAGCAAGGCCUCGACCUACUGCCUGCUCAUCGCCGUCCGCACCUUCAUCGGCGUGGGCGCAGGGGGAGUUUACCCGCUCUCAGCGGCCAAGGCCGCCGAGGACAGCGCCGCGGUCGAUCCCGUCCACAAGUCCGUCUCGGUCGCGUGGGCCUUCUUGUGGCGUAACUUCGGCGCCAUCGCGCCAUGGUCAUGGGCCCUCGUCUUUUACUACACGUGCGGCGAGUACGCGGACAUGGAGCCGUGGUCGGCCCCGCCCGCAAGCCGCGUCGGAUCGCAGUUUGCCUGGCGCUUCAUCUUAAUGUUUGGCGCCGUGGCGCCGGCCGUCGUGGGCGUCUUCAUGCACCUGCAGCCCAAAGAGGUCGCUGUCAAGGAGCAGAAGCGGCUGUCGCGGUGGACAACCUCCCGGGUCUCGCGCGCCGAGGCGGCCGGCCACAGGAAGGCCUCGGCGACCGCCUCGGCCGGCCUGUGGGAAGCGGUCAAGUCGGAGCCGCUGGUGUGGCGGAAGCUGCUCGGCACGGGCGGCGGCUGGUUCUUCUUCGACUGGUCCUUCUACGGCAAUCACCUGCUGCAGGGCAAGAUCCUCGGCCUGAUCCUUCCGGGCGACACGGCCGCCGACGCGUGGGAAAACAUCAGCCUCGACAUUGUCGGCAUUUUCGUCGUGCUGUUCGCGAUCCAGCUCUUCCCGUGGGCCGGCGUCCGCUGGCUGCAGUUCUGGGGCUUUUUCUCCGGCGGGGUCUGCUGCCUGCUGAUUGGGCUCCUGUGGCCGGCGCUGAUCGACAACACCAGCGGCAUCCUGCUCGUGAUCUACUACAUCCAGUACGGCAGCUACUGGAUCCCCAACACCACUACUUACGUGAUGUCCGCGCUGGUGUACAAGCCCUCCAUACGCGGCACCUUGAACGGCCUCUCCGCCGCCGCCGGCAAAGUCGGCGCGAUCAUUGGCGUGACGGCAUUCACCAAGAUGUUCGAGGUCUGCGACGACAAGACAGGCGACGAUCACCAACAGUGCAUCAACGACGCCGUGCAGCGCGUGAUGUUCACCUCGUUCGCGGCGGCGUGCGGCGGCAUGUUCUGCACCAUCUACGGCGUCGGUCUCGAGCCAACGGGCGCGAAGAACAAGAAGUAGAGGAGAAAGUGAAAGGAGGAGGAACGGACAAAGUCCUGCGAAUUGGCUAUGUAACGGUGUGCGGUAUGUGAGCCGCCUCGAGUGUGAGUGUACUUUUAGCUUCUCUCUCUGAGUGUAUAAUAUCGUCCACGACAGUUCCGGACGGUAUUUCUGUUGAUAAAAUUACGUACGUACG